AGCCGUUCAACUGGUCAGCGUUAAAAUUGUGGGGAGCGGUUGUCUUACAUGACGUACUUUCUGAAAAGAACGUGUUCUGUGCAUGAAGCUUUUUAUUUCAUGAAAAAUGACAAAAUAUUGCCAGAAAUAUUGGGUUUUUUUCUCCUAUUCCUUCGAACACACCCCAAACUUUGUAAAGGAUUUGUAUGGCAGAAUUUCAAGGAAAAUAUGCCAGAAGGUGAGCCCUUGUUUAGUACUCUCUCACUAGCGCUCCGUUCGAGCCAUAUUUUUACAGAUUUUUAUGUAUCAACAACCUUUGUGGAAACAGAAAUCUCUACUUUUUAUUUAAUUUGAGGACUGAUGUUGACAAUUUUGUUGAAAACACUGUUUCAAAUGGUACGUUUUCCAAGCUACAACCCACUUUGAACGGCAAAGAAUGUAGACUUAAUCUGUAGCGAGUAGAAUUUUAGAAGAUCGAUAUAAUUCUACAGUAAAUAAGCUUUAAAAUGGCCGGGUCUAUUACUUGAACAAUUUAAGCGUGUAAUAAAUAUUUUAUGAAUUUUUGACCAGAACUGUUUUCCAUGGUUUGAUUUAUGUCGAAUUUUGACCGUCAGAAAAGAGUUACAAUGAGCCACCUCUACACACAAUAUUUGCCGGUUCUGUUGAUUUUCUCACUUGGACUAUGUUGUAAUAAACGACCCUUCGCAUUCAACUUACUGGGUGGUUGUCCAUUGUUUACUGUAAAAAAAAAAGAAAUUGUGCAUUAAAACUGAGAAAGUAUCAUGAGUUGUUCAAACAUCGUGAGAAGCGACAGACGCAAAUAUGUCUGCGUGUCAAUAGACACUGCAUUCUACACCGUUUUCAAUUUUGGCCAUUAAGUUUAUAUAUUGUUUGUUGUUCAUGGUAUCAAUAUUAAAAAGGUUUUUAACAAAGAUAUGGUCGUCGCAGUGGUAUAUGCCAUUGCAAAUUAGCCUGAAAAAGGGCUUAUAACCCAGCCUAGAAGACCACAUCUUAUCAGGAGGUUGUUUGCAUUUAACUUACUCGGAGGUUGGCCAUUGUUCCCUGAAAAAAAAAAAUCCUUGAAUUAAAACUGAGAAAAUACAAUGAACUGUUCCAACAUUGCGGGAAGCGACGUUGUCUGCGUGUCAAUAGACACCAGCAGAGAGGGAGGGGAGUUAGCGCAUUAAAAUUACUCUGUAGACCCCCGUCAAUUAACUAGGAGAAUACAUUCAUGUAAUGUAUUUACAGAGUAUAAAUGCCACUGUCUGUGCUUAUUUAGCAAGGGAUAUACACUGAUUUAUGUCGAAUUUUGACCGUCAGAAAAGAGUUAAAAUAAGCCACCUCUAAACAAAAUAUUUGCCGGUUCUGUUGAUUUUCUCACUUGGACUAUGUUGUAAUAAACGACCCUUAGCAUUCAACUUACUGGGUGGUUGUCCAUUGUUUACUGUAAAAAAAAAAAGAAAUUGUGCAUUAAAACUGAGAAAGUAUCAUGAGUUGUUCAAACAUCGUGAGAAGUGACAGACGGAAAUAUGUCUGCGUGUCAAUAGACACUGCAUUCUAAACCGUUUUCAAUUUUCACCAUUAAGUUUAUAUAUUGUUUGUUGUUCAUGGUAUCAAUAUUAAAAAGGUUUUUAACAAAGAUAUGGUCGUCGCAGUGGUAUAUGCCAUUGCAAAUUAGCCUGAAAAAGGGCUUAUAACCCAGCCUAGAAGACCACAUCUUAUCAGGAGGUUGUUUGCAUUUAACUUACUCGGAGGUUGGCCAUUGUUCCCUGAAAAAAAAAAAUCCGUGAAUUAAAACUGAGAAAAUACGAUGACCUGUCCCAACAUUGCGGGAAGCGACGUUGUCUGCGUGUCAAUAGACACCAGCGGAGAGGGAGGGGAGUUGGUGCAUUAAAAUUACUCUGUAGACCCCCUCAAUUAACUAGGAGAAUACAUUCAUAUAAUGUAUUUACAGAGUAUAAAUGCCGCUGUCUGUGCUUAUUUAGCAAGGGAUAUACACUAAAGGAUUGGUAGGAGAACAGCAUGUCCAACUCUUGAGUUCUGGUGUUUUAUAUUGUACAACAAGUAUUGCGUUAACUCAGGCAUCAGCUCGGUGAGCCCAAAUUUCUCAGUGAUAAACCUGAUAAACCCGUCAGCAUGGUUCAUCGUGGAUUUAAUAGCCUUACAACUAAUGGUGCAACAUAACACAAUAGAGACUAAGAAAAAAUAAUUAUAAUCUAAUAGUUACACUGGCAAAGGAAAACGUUGUUACGACGUAAAUAGCAUCAGUGUUGUUUUUUGUUGUUGUUUUCAAAUAUUAGAUUGGUACGGACAGAGGUUAUAUGCUUCUGGUACCCAACAUGGUUUAAUUGCUGUAUAAGUACUGCUGUAAAAUUAUACUGCUUGGAGAAAUGUUCUUAUCUGGAGAAAUAGUGUAAUAAGCCUACAUAAAAAGAUUACUGUAUGUUUUUGAAAGUAAAAAGUUUUGGUUUCUCACAUUUUCGGUAAAGAAACAAACAAACAAACAAACAAACUUCCUGGUAGAAGUAAGGUCAUACACCAUCGAACAAUAUUAUACAGCUGUAUCAAACGAUGUAGUUUAAUAGUAAAUAUCCAAAGAAUCUUCUUGUUGUCAACCACAAUAUGUUUAUAACCAUAAUAUUAUUAUAUUUACAUAAAACACAAAAUUUCAUAACAUGAUUCAUCUUACUUGGAUCUGGAUCAUCAUUAGGAUUGUCUGAAAAUAAACAUGCAUAUGAAUCACCUCUCGCACUGACCAACUGAAACAAGAGAACAUCUAAAACAUGGCCAUUUUCUGUAAGCAAACUCACAAAAAAAUAGUUUUAUAAUUUUCGUUCUCUUUUAACCCAGAGGGGUUCAACUACUUCCAAGUAACAUACUUCACACAUGGUGUGAUCUAUUCAUCUUCUGUACGUAGUUGUCCUAAUAUAUGCUCACAGCAUACAAAGAUACAUUAUACAUUACAUUAUUGCUCUUACAAUAAGAAGAUUGUUGCUUUUUUGUGUAAUAAAUUGUAAUGAAGAUCUCACACAGGCACUCAAAAGUUAAGCAACUGUGAUAUCACUCAAGUUUAAUAAAUGGUUAAAGCAAACAGAUACUGUGAUUUGCUCAUCUUGCAUGUUGUUACCUUCAGCCGCAGCACCUCCAACAGCAUUUUCUGCAACAUGAUGAAAACACAGUCUUACUUUGAGAGGAAAUCUCUUUAACUUAAAUCAUAUUAAACUUAAGUGCUGAAUAUAGUCUUGCAACAACCCUUAAACAUCAUUUAUAAAAGCCAUCAUAAGGUACCAUACUGUCAUAUAUUAAGAAGUCAUGUCAGUUAGAUGGAAAUGGACCUUGAACAUUUGAUCAAAUUAAUGUCUGCUAAAUUGGUGAAAUGUUAGGUUUUGUAGUUUCCAUUACAUUUAAGAGAGUGUAAUAUUUGGAUUCAUCUCUUGUUUAUACAGUGUAGUAAAAUGAAACGAUCUUGUCUUGAAUAGGGUGCAGGAGGAUAGCAGCACAGGACUACUACGUUACCAGAACAUAAGCUAAAAACUACAAAC